AUGAAAACUCUUCGUCACCCGAACAUCCUUAAUUGGUUUGCCGGAACACCUGAGUCAGCUUCCAUUGAUACGGGUCUUGACGUAGUCACAGAAUAUGUGAAACCUCUCUCCGUAUAUCUCCGCGACAAGGCUGACUCGGGAAAUUUUAAUUUUAUUUCAGCCUGGGGGCUAUAUCAGGUACUAACCCGGCUUCGGAUUGACUUAUUUUGGGCAGUGGAAUUGAGUUGA